GCCAUAUAAAGGCGAAGCCGCAAGAAAACCAACUGCAUUUACAACAGUGUUAUUCGCUCGAGAACAGUACAACAUGCGAUUUAUUUAUAUAACCACAGUCGUUUUAUUGCUGCUGACCACAUUAGCAGCCGCACAAGACUCAAAUUGCCCGGGAAAACCACCGAAUCAACUGUGUCUGAAGCCAAUGAAUGUGGGCACCAAAGGUCGUGGCUGUCGACCCAAACAGAUGUGGUACUUCAAUGAGCGCGCACAAAAAUGCGAACGUCUUAAAUAUCUCGGCUGUGGCGGCAAUGAGAAUCGUUUCUGCACUUUGUCCGGCUGUCAGAAUUCAUGUAUUUAAGUGAUGGAAACAGUGGACUUUUGUUCAUGAUCAAGUUUUUAUUGAUAUGUAUUGAUUUUUGUUAAAAGAAAAUAUUAAACGUAUGUUUUUUGA